UCCUCCAGUCUCGCCUUCGCAUCCACAGCUGACGAUGACCAACCUUUUAGCUGGCAGCGCUACGGAACUUAGCGACCAGCUAGCGCUCCUUAGUAGCGUCGUUUAAAAUGUGUACGCUAUGACCGUGUUGCUGUUUUACUUCAGCGAAGGUGUGUUACGGCGGAAUAUAGACGGGUGGUGUAAAUGUGUCCUGAUACCCGAGUACCACGCUCAGCUUGUUGUUCCUCUCGUUACCUAACUUGUGUAGUCCGACGGGAGAAUCGGAGGAGGGUCCAGCUAUCGAAGCUAACAGCUCGGAGGCUAGCUCAUACACAACGCAGCUACCUUGUUAGCCUUCUGGUUUGUUAACUACUUUGGUCUGGCUCGACUGCGCUUUGAAUGGUGUUUGUUUUACAAGAUAGCACCCGAUCCAUCCAGUCCUGGAUGAGAGGUUGACUGAAGCCUUUGGUUGCCUGUGAUGUUCCGAGCUUUCCUGGCUGCAUCACCAGACCUUUUCUGGUUCAUUUUAGUAGCCAUUUAUCACUAGUCCCACACAAGUCUCUGCUUGGCAACAGUAUGGUCUUUUGCACUGGCCCCACCCAGCCCACAGGGACAAGAACCCCCCAAAACCAAGCUCUCCAAAUGAUAUGAUAGUAGCCACCUGGAUUACUUUCUGUGCCUGCAGGAGCCUUGUACAGGUUCUGCUCUUCCUCUCUUCCUCAAAGUCCCUUCAUCCAUUCUGGGAAACACUUGCCAGUUUGGUCUCCAACUCUGGAACCAUGGGUAAUAGCUGUGUAUGUCGAGAAGAUAGUGACUUAGAGGACCAACAUCAUGGUUCAUCGAGAGCAACCCGAGGACAAGCUAGGCGGGUGGAUCACAGUGCAGGUGUGGGUGCUGACGCCGCAGAGGCUCGGAGCAGUCGGCCCAGGGACCCGGUCAGGCCACCUCGUCGAGGUCGAGGGCCUCAUGAGCCGAGACGGAAAAAGCAGAAUGUAGAUGGCCUGGUGCUGGACACGCUGGCUGUCAUCAGGACACUUGUAGACAAUGAUCAAGAGCCUCCUUACUCCAUGAUCACGCUGCAUGAGAUGGCAGAGACGGAUGACGGCUGGCUGGAGGUUGUCCAGUCUCUGAUACGAGUGAUUCCACUGGAUGAUCCACUAGGCCCUGCAGUGAUCACACUUCUCCUGGAUGAGUGUCCUCUACCCACCAAGGAUGCUCUCCAGAAACUCUCGGACAUGUUGAGUCUGAGUUCAGCCGUUGCACAACAAGACGCUCUAAACCCCGCUAAACACAGAAACACCACUGCGGUCCUGGGAUGCCUGGCAGAGAAGCUAGCCGGAUUGCCCAGUAUUGGGUUGUUGAGCCCUGGAACCCUUGAAUACCUUCUAGAGAGCCUGAGCUCCGAGGCCCACCCCACUGUCAUGCUGUUUGCUCUCAUCGCUUUGGAGAAGUUCUCUCAGACAAGCGAGAACAAGCUGACUGUGUCCGAGUCUUCGAUCAGCGAUCGUCUGGCUGUUCUGGAGUCUUGGGCAGAACAUCCUGACUAUCUAAAGAGGCAGGUUGGAUUUUGUGCACAGUGGAGCCUUGACAACUUGUUCCUAAAGGACGGUCGUCAGUUCACUUACGAAAAAGUCAACCUCACGAAUAUCAACGCCAUGCUGAACAGCAACGAUGUUAGCGAGUACCUCAAGAUCUCCCCGACUGGACUCGAGGCGCGAUGUGAUGCCUCAUCCUUUGAGAGCGUGCGCUGUACAUUCUGUGUGGAUUCGGGCGUUUGGUACUACGAGGUGACGGUUAUCACAUCGGGGGUGAUGCAGAUCGGAUGGGCCACCAAGGACAGCAAGUUCCUAAACCAUGAAGGUUAUGGAAUAGGAGAUGAUGAAUACUCGUGUGCGUACGAUGGCUGCAGGCAGCUAAUCUGGUACAACGCUCGCAGUAAACCUCAUGCUCACCCCUGCUGGAAGGAGGGAGAUGCCAUCGGCUUCCUGUUGGAUCUCAGCAAAAAGCAGAUGAUCUUUUACCUGAACGGACAUCAGCUCCCGCCAGAGAAACAGGUGUUCUCAUCUGCCACGUCUGGCUUCUUCGCGGCAGCCAGCUUCAUGUCGUACCAGCAGUGUGAGUUUAACUUCGGGGCCAAGCCUUUCCGUCACCCACCUUCUGUCAAGUUCAGCACCUUCAAUGACUUUGCUUCACUGCUGCCCAGUGAAAAGAUCAUCCUGCCCAGACACCGGCGUCUGGCCUUAAUGAGGCAGGUUAGCAUCCGAGACAACUGCUGCACGCUGUGUUGUGACGUCAUGGCCGACACAGAGCUGCGGCCCUGUGGACAUGGUGGUAUGUGUAUGGAGUGUGCCUUACAGUUAGAGACGUGCCCCCUCUGCCGCCACGACAUCCAGACCCGCGUCAGACUCAUUGCACACGUCUCCUGACACACUUCCUGCGCUCGCUCCAGUAAACGGAGGCACACAAGCCCUUUAGCUUCCUCCUCCUCCUCUAAUCCCCUCUUACCCCACAGGGCUGCGAGGACGUUGCCACAGUGUGGCGAUGAUGGCAGAACGCUGAAUUCUGGUCAGACGAGAUGGUGGCAAUGGAGGGGUGGAUAGAUGAAAGAAAGGAGAUGAGAGGAGGGGCAAAAAACCGACAGCUGGAACCCCCAGGAGCUUUUCCUCGUCUAUCUACAUCUCCUCUUUUAUAUCCUUCUGACAACUCGCUGCAGAAGCUGGGCCAAGAAAACUUUCUACUUUUUUUUUUUCCAAAUAAAAGCGCAGAGACCGUGUAACUCGGCUACAGACAGAACCGAGUUCUUAUCUCCAGGCCCGUGUAAAGCUAUUUAAAAACAAAGAACCUUUCCAUCACGAGGACCCCACUUGUGCUUUCAGUCCUGAGGCUGCUACUAUUUAACCCCAUCGCCGUCAUGCACACGUCUGCAGACGUGACGGGGCUUGGUCACAGAGGAAAACGCAGCCUGUAGUACAGUAUUAAACCGAAGGUACAAACUUGAAAUGUGUCUUACUUUCUUUUUUUGCUUACAGAUGCGUGAGUGAUUGUGUUCUCACUGUAGCAUUUUCAUUUUCUCCAACACUCAAACCCUGGGCAGCUUUCCCGUCUGUACUGAUCGAUCACCCAGUAGGAGGUUUUUCAUUCUAUUGUUGGCUAAAAUCUCAGAUUCUACUCUGUCUAAUUGACUUUAAUCGCUUGAGUUCAAUUUUCUGAUUAAGUUUACAAAGCAAAUCACAAAAGAAAGUAAAUGGCAGAAAUAACGUGUUUCUGUCUGAAUAAGAACUGAUUGAUUUGACCCUCCUUUUUGUGCUUUACUCGUUUAUAAAGCAACCACAGAAUGUGGGGAUUAAAAUUUACAUUAAAGUCACAUACAAGUGAUCGCAAUUAGGUUUCUUCCUCCCGGUUAUAAAUGCACAUUUUAAAGAACCAGUGUAAGGGAAGUGUGUACUCGCACCACCACACACUGUAAAACUUGAUUAGUGCCAACAGUUGGGGAACAGGGGUCGAGCUUGUCUGAGAGGCUGUUUGAUUUUUGGUUUGUGAUGACAAACCUGACACUUUUCAGUCCACAAAAAGAGUUUUUAGUUGGUCACUUAAAAUGAGGCUGAACGCUGAUGUUGGCUCACGAGCUGAGCGGUGAAUUGCAGGAGGAAAUGUGGAUUGAUCGUUCACGUGCUGCACGUCACAGCGCUGCUGGUGAUCUUGUGUUAAAAGCAGUUUGUCAGAAGUGCUCAGGCUGAGUAAGAACGCGGGUUCUGUACAACUCCUGCUCCCUUUUCUUCAUCUUCCCUCUUCUCGUCUUUUGCCUUGUGUUUGUCUUUCUGUCCAUCCUCUACUUGAAGCAUCUCUGGGUUGACUGAAUUAUGUUUGUAUUUUGGAAACAGGUGACAAAAUUAAUCGUACGUUAAAUCAUAAUUCAGUAAAAUUGUAUUGUACAAUUUUAAAACGCCCAAUGGCAUUUCAAAUGACAGCAAUUUUACAUUUAUCCUGUUCUUAUAGUUUCUGAAGGAGUUGAUGCUUCAUGCUGCAUGAACAAAAUCAGUAAAAUCAUUCACACGAUACUAGAACGGUUUAUGACAACAGCAGAAUCUCUCGGUAUGACAAAAGACCGGUAUGGUCGUUGUUUGCUAUGUUGUAGUUUCCUGGAGCACCUUAUCCAUGGAGGUGU